AUGUACCAAAACCUCGAAGAGCUUGCGGAUUCGGUAUGGCUAACUAGCACCGCUUAUAGCGAUUACAGCGAGACCUACAUCUACGGGACCAAUGGAUAUUGUACAGACGUCUACUCAUCUGGAGCAUGCGUGACAUUCCGUGGUGGCGCAUACGACAAAACAGUAUCCUCUACGCACGAAUCCAUCGUUAAUCGACAGGAUAGUGACGGUUUCGAAGCGGACUGGAUAGAAGAUACUCUUAGCUUUGGCCGCAACACCUCACUGUCUUCCUUCGGAUUCGGCGUUCCGCAACAGGAUCUCAGCCAAGCGUUCACCAGCCAAUCUCAGCUUGGCUUAGGUACAAAAGCAUACUCCAUGUUUUGGGGACUGGUCGGUGGUCCCGCAGAAAAGCAGACUCGGGGGUCACUAAUUCUCGGUGGCCUGGACAAAUCGUUGAUUGAAGACCAAAACGACAACUUCACGGCGUCACUGUUCCGGAGCAGUAGGUGUGGGACGGGCAUGGUAGUAACGAUUAGCGACAUCCUUCUGAACUGGCCGAGUGGUAAGAAUGAGAGCAUCUUCAUGGGACGACCGGAACCAGCGACCAUACAAGCGUGCAUCAGUCCCAGUUUCGCAGGCCUGAUGUCCCUUCCACUAAGCUACUACGAAAGCUUCUGGUGGUACGCAGGCGGAACUCCUCCAGAUAAUAAGAGUGAGGCGAGAAGCUCCGGUAUCAAUUACUUCACGAUGCUUUUUGACCGAGAUGAUGCUUACUACGGUGGUAUGACAAUCCAGCUUCAAAACAGCAUCUCCGUAAAGAUUCCCAACACCGAACUAGUCGUUCCCGACACUUACAUUGCCGCCGAUGGCUCAGUUCAGACGAAUACAUCGGUCAGCAACGUCGUAAUCAACUCGCUUCGAAAUGAAAAUGACGACGAUAAUGACAAUGACUACGAUCUGCCGGUCCUUGGCCGACUGUUCAUGAGCUCUGCCUACCUAUUGGUCAAUCAAGAAGCUGGGAGGUUCUCCGUCUGGAAAGUGAACUCAAGAUCGAAGACUUCCGAUAUCGUCGCAGUGGAUAAACAAAACGAUAUGGUCAGUGAGUUCUGCGCGAGCUCUACGGGCGGCUCGUCCAGUGCUACAUCCUCGCCCGCGUCUUCCGUCAUACCUGCGCCACAAGAUAAAGGGUCCAAGCUGUCAGGCGGCGCAAUCGGUGGGAUUGUCGUGGGUGCGGUGGGAGGUAUUGUCAUACUAUGCACCACUAGCUUCCUUUUGUACCGAAGACGAGGAUCAGGCGUUGCUGCGACAGGUAUAGUACAGGAACCAGAGUUGCAGACAAAAGAUGUGAAACCGCCCACGUAUAGUAUGGUGCCAGCAGGCCCUCAGGAACUUGCUGGAGAUUAA